UCUCCUUUCUUCCUUCUCAAAACAAGAAAAAGAAGAAGGUCUGACUCUCUCUCUCUCCCCCCUAAACCGCCACUUCCUCGGCCCCUUCCCUUUAAGUCCCUCCUCUUCCCCGCCACUGCCACCGUCCCUUCCUCCAUGCCAGUUCACCCGCGUCGGAAUCCUUGAUGACGAGUUCCACUGCAAAGCCCCAAUGUGCAUCUUCUCUCCUCACCUAUAAUGGCCCAGAUCCCCUUUUGGUCUAACUCUACCGACCUACUGGUUUUGAUGAAUUGGGGAUUCUCCACCGACAAGCGAAACCAGAACUUCACCGCGAAACCCGCUGAGCAGUGGUUAGCGCAUGUCAUGGCGUCGCAAACCAAAGCCGAUGAAGACGACAACGAAGACGAUGAUCUCGGUUUCCAGUUCCCUGCGCGGCCUACUAGAUCUCCACCGUCGGCAGUAACUUCCAAGCCUAUUUUGAACUCCGAUGCUACUUUUGAAUCUGUUAUAGCUAAUUGAAUGUGUAGAAUUAUGUUGUUUAUUUUUAGAUCUAAAUAUUAGCUGCAUGUGUUGGAGCUCUUAUUAGAAUUUCAGCUACUUUGUGUAGAGGUUAUUGGAACCGAGAUAAGCAUCUUUACAUUGGCAGAACAACAGAGAAGUGGCAAUUAUGAAUGACUUUCAUAAUUGAAGGGUCUCUCUCUCGAAAUUAGAAGAACAAGAGAGAGUCGUCUCCCGAAAGUAGAAGAAUGAGUACAGAGGAGAACCGGGGUUGUUUAGCCUUUGCCUUUUAUGAAUGGAGUCUCUCCCGGAUGCUAUUGUUCAAUACAUAUUGUCAUACAUGAAUAAUGCCCGAGAUGUGGCACUUUGCAAUUGUAUAUCGAAGCGAUGGAAGGACUCACUUCCAUAUCUUCGGAGCCUUUACUUCCCUAGGAACUCUUUUGACAAUCUCACAGGCAGUGACACUCCUGAUGACAUUGUAUUGAAGAUGAUUUCUCUGAUUGAACGAUUGGAAACUCUUGUUGUGUAUAGCCCAUUUUCAAGUGCAGGGCUUGCUUCAUGGUUGACUGUAAUAGGCCCCUCGCUUAGGUAUCUUGAGCUUCGGAUGGACAACCUUGCUGAACAAGAGGUCCGCAAUGAUUGCCCUUCGAAAUUGGAUUGCUUAACUGCUGCAAAGAGUUUGGAGUCUUUAAAGCUUUGGGGAGUGUUAAUGACCUGUUCCCCCAAGUGGGAUGUCUUCCCAAGUCUCAAGAACCUUGAAAUUGUUGGUGCAAGGUUGGAGGAUCCUGCAUUGUCAACUGUGCUUCGGGCCUGUCCUAAUCUGACCAAACUGUUGUUGCUUGGGUGUGAAGGAGUUGUUGCUGUUUCAAUUGAGUUGCCACAUCUGGAGCAGUGUAAGCUAGACUUCUACGGCUUGGGAAAUUGCUCAUUUUCCAUGAACUGCUCAAACAUUGAAGUCCUUGAGGUGCAAGGCUGUAGUUGGAUUCGGGUUCAGAAGGCAAAGCACCUGAGGAAUCUUUCGAUUGCUAAUAAUGCAGGAAGAGUCUAUAUGGUUGAUUUUGAAAAACUUGUGGCUCUGGAGUCCUUAUCCAUUAGGGGUGUCCAGUGGUGUUGGGGUGCAAUAAGCAGUAUGCUACGAUGGGCAAGUGAAGUGAAGCACCUCUAUAUGAAGGUGGAAUUCACAGGAGAUUUUGAGACUCUUCAACCCUUCCCAGAGGUCGACUUUGUGGACUUUUUCAAUAAUCAUCCCAGGCUGCAAACUUUUGAUAUUCAUGGAGCCAUGUUUGCUGCUCUUUGUCAGAAGAACAGUCUGAAAAAUGUUGAUUCAGGAUUUGUAAUCCCUUGCCUGGAGGAAGUGGUGAUCACAGUGCGAUCGCCACUGAAUGCUGAACAGAAAAUGAGCACUCUUGAGUCCUUGUUGAAGUAUGGAAAGAAUCUCAAGAGCAUGGUGAUCAAGGUUCUUCAGAUGAAGAGCAACCAUAGCAGCGCAGAUGAUUUUUUUGAUGAGAUAUGCAGGUUUACAUGCAUGAACCGCAAGAUAAUUAGAAUAGAAUAGAAUAAAGCUUACAUCAUUCCUUCAAUUCAAUGAUUUCAGCUUUGACUGCUAUUUUUUGUUGGAACUAUGAUAAUUGUUCAUCAAAUGGAUAUCAACAUUCAGUUGAAAUAAGUUCUGGCUUUGUCUAUGG